GCUGUCGGUGUCGGCCUUCCUCCAGCGAAUAUGAGAGGACCGAAGCUCACAAAGUUGUUUGAACCGCCGCCGAGAGCAGCAGAGCCGGCCAAGAAGAAGGUCACGUCUACAGGAGCUUCUUCUAGCGCUAAGAACAAAGCCAAAGCGUUGCUAUGGAAAAAUGCUACAAAAGACCAGGUUGCAGCUAUGGACGUUGACGAUGACGAAGUUCCCGCUUCUUUCAAAGUUCUCCGAGGCGAGAACCCUCCUUAUCGGAACGAAUUUACCGUGAAGCUUCCGAACAAUCAGGAACAACAUGUCGAAGUGAUCGGGAAUAAGGAAAUUCCGAAAGAUCUAGACGCGCAGAUCAAGCAGCAAGUGCAGCAGGUGUUUCAGGUGCAAGCGGCAGCGGAGGCUAAGCUGAAACUGCAAGAAGGACAGCAAAAUAAAAAGCAAGAAACAGAUCUCUUUUUCCCUUCCGUACUUCCCCUCCACGCACCCUCACCGAAGAGACCAG